AUGGGUGAUCAAUACCUAAGGCCUCGCGUCCGACUUAAUGAAUAUCUGGAUCGAGCUGGCGUUGCUAGUAAUUUACAAAGCGCCCUACUCCUUGUCCUGGAAAAUAAACCUGAUGAUCCUAUUUAUUUUUUAAGCCAAUUCUUUCGCAAUGCUUGUACAGAAAAUGCAGAUAUCAGUACAGCAUAUCAGAAUCUGAUGCUUGUUCAUCACUCAAGACCUACCUUUCUGCGACAUGUUAAGAAAACAUUCAUACAACUAGCUAGCGACGAUUCAAGUACUAGUAUAACUGGAAAAAUUUAUAACGAAUUACUUAACUUAAUUACCAGGGAUUUAAAUAGUUCUAUCCAACGUCAAUUACUAAGUCACCUAGAAGUAGACGAUGAGUCUUCCGUUAUCUUUGAUGUUUUCUACUGGGGUAUCCGCGACAGCCUUUUAUUCAUAGGAGAAAUUACAUGUGAGUUAUAUUAUCGGCUGCUAUACCGAUUGCAGGCAGCGAACCAAUUGAUAAUUAAUUCGAAAAGCUUGAUUGAGAGUGUUCAAUUAUUAAGUACUGGUGCCAUAACGGAAACUGUAAAUGAGGUUUACAAUGAAAUGGCAAGUCAUAAAAUGGAUACAAUGAAAAAGCAGGAAUUCCUUGAAAAAAUGUGUGAGCUGUUCUUUGAUGACGAACUCAAUGCAAAAAGGCGUUCGCAAUCGGAAGUGAAACAUAAUCACUAG